UUGUCCCCCCGUUUAACGUGAUAUAUAUUUUUUAGGAUUCCCCCUCCCCCUUUCUCUCUUCCCACGAAAGGGAGGGGAAAGAAUUGUAUUUUUCUCCAUCCCCAAAUCAUCUAUAUGUUAAAUAUCCGUACAGAUCUGUCUUGAAGGAGAAAUACAUCGCUCAUUUUUUUUUUCAUAGUAUACAAAAGGAGUGAAAGCCAAGAGGACGAAGUCUUUUUCUUUUCUUUUUUUGUUGUGGGAGAACUUAAUGCUUCAUUUACCAUUAACCUAACACCCCAACAUAAGACAAAAGGAAGAAAAGGAGGAAGGAAAAGGUGAUUCGGGAAGAGAGUGAUCAUGUCAGGGCGGCCCAGAACCACCUCCUUUGCGGAGAGCUGCAAGCCAGUGCAGCAGCCUUCGGCUUUUGGCAGCAUGAAAGUUAGCAGAGACAAGGAUGGCAGCAAGGUGACCACAGUGGUAGCAACUCCUGGGCAGGGUCCAGACAGGCCACAAGAAGUCAGCUAUACGGACACUAAAGUGAUUGGAAAUGGGUCAUUUGGUGUAGUAUAUCAAGCCAAACUUUGUGAUUCAGGAGAACUGGUUGCCAUUAAGAAAGUAUUACAGGACAAAAGAUUUAAGAACCGAGAGCUCCAGAUCAUGAGAAAGCUAGAUCACUGUAACAUAGUCCGAUUGCGUUAUUUCUUCUACUCCAGUGGUGAGAAGAAAGAUGAGGUCUAUCUUAAUCUGGUGCUGGACUAUGUUCCAGAAACAGUAUACAGAGUUGCCAGACACUAUAGUCGAGCCAAACAGACGCUCCCUGUGAUCUAUGUCAAGUUGUAUAUGUAUCAACUGUUCCGAAGUUUAGCCUAUAUCCAUUCCUUUGGAAUCUGCCAUCGGGAUAUUAAACCACAGAACCUCUUGCUGGAUCCUGAUACAGCUGUCUUAAAACUCUGUGACUUUGGAAGUGCAAAGCAGCUGGUCCGAGGAGAACCCAAUGUUUCCUAUAUCUGUUCUCGGUACUAUAGGGCACCAGAGUUGAUCUUUGGAGCCACUGAUUAUACCUCUAGUAUAGAUGUAUGGUCUGCUGGCUGUGUGUUGGCUGAGCUGUUGCUAGGACAACCAAUAUUUCCAGGGGACAGUGGGGUGGAUCAAUUGGUGGAAAUAAUCAAGGUCCUGGGAACACCAACAAGGGAGCAAAUUAGAGAAAUGAACCCAAAUUACACAGAAUUCAAAUUCCCUCAAAUUAAGGCACAUCCUUGGACUAAGGAUUCGUCAGGAACAGGACAUUUCACCUCAGGAGUGCGGGUCUUCCGACCCCGAACUCCACCAGAGGCAAUUGCACUGUGUAGCCGUCUGCUGGAGUAUACACCAACUGCCCGGUUGACACCACUGGAAGCUUGUGCACAUUCAUUUUUUGAUGAAUUACGGGACCCAAAUGUCAAACUACCAAAUGGGCGAGACACACCUGCACUCUUCAACUUUACCACUCAAGAACUGUCAAGUAAUCCACCUCUGGCUACUAUCCUUAUUCCUCCUCAUGCUCGGAUUCAAGCAGCUGGUUCAACCCCCACAAAUGCCACAGCAGCCUCAGAUGCUAAUGCUGGAGACCGUGGACAGACCAAUAACGCCGCUUCUGCAUCAGCUUCCAACUCCACCUGAACAAUCCCAAGCAGCCAGCUGCACAGGAAAAACCACCAGUUACUUGAGUGUCACUCAGCAACACUGGUCACGUUUGGAAAGAAAAUUAAAAAGAGAAAAAAACGUGUUCA